AUGGUGAAUACAGUAGCAAACAACAAACUAAGAAAGCGAGUCUCCUUUGGGAGCAGUUUGCCUCAAUCAUCACCACUUCAUCAGGAAGAACAACCAGAAAGUGAUCAUCAUCAGCAGCAACAGGUUAUUGCACAUUCCUGCCAUUGCUUUUGCGAUGGACUAGAGAAGGAAGAACGUAAAGCAAUCUGUUGGUACUCGGUUCAAGACUUGCAACCAUGCCGUGAUGAAGCCAAGGAUGCCAUUCAACAACUUCAGAUGAGACUGGAGCAAGGUACUUUGGAUUCCCUUCCCGAUCACGUAGUCUUGAGAGGCAUUGAAAAGUAUGCCGAUGCUGCGGGCAAGUACCGCAAGCAACGAAUCUACAUCGAGUCUGUCUUGCAUCAACAAAGAGCACUUAAGGAGCAGCAACGAGUACUGAAGGCUUCGUUUUGCAAUAGUGAUGUGGAUGCAGUGGAGAACCUAGCGAACCUUUCGAGGUAUCUAUCCCAGGCAUCUACCGAACUUGCUCGCUUCUAUGCUGGGCGCUGUGCAGCUGAGCUCAGCUUGCUUAGACAUGAAGAAGAGGACGAAGAAGAUGAUGAAGAGUGGGAUGAAGAAGAAGUAAAGUACAACUUGGAUUCUUCCUCCACUUGCUCUUCAGAGAUUGAUGUCCAUGAAUCCAAGGCCAACACUGAUGAAUUGUGCCCUGUUUCUUCUAGCACUACCAUUGAUAUCUCUUCGAAGCGAAAGCGAUCUCGAUGCCAUGCCUUUGGUGACACUAGCAUGCCACCCCGAAAGAUCCAAUGCUGUGAGUAA